AUGCCUCUGGUUGAGCGCUACAAUGAUUGGGACGUCACCGAUAGGUCUUUCGAUGACCCACACACGCUUGAGUUUGAUCACAGGAUUGAGGCUGACGCGGCGAUCUCUGGAACCGGGCUUGCUAAUGUUGAGAACAACGUGAAAGCUACCUGUAUCAUUACGGUCCUGAAGCCCGAAUUUGGCUGGACUCAAGUGGGGCACUCUUGGGUGUACGACCCUUCUCGCAAACAAACCGACUUGAACUCGAUAUGGCGAAACAACCUCGCAGAUUGCGUGCAAUACGACAAGGAGUUUUUGAGGCACUGUUUCUGUAAUAGUGCUACAAAUCCAGCUACAGCCUAUGUCGGGUCUGAAGCCGAAGCUCUAUCCGGCAAAAUAGAUGCUUUAGAGUGGCCGAGCGGUACGACUGAGUUCGUCAGCCGCUUUGCACCAGCCGGUCAGUACAUCAUCGGUCCAAGAUUCUGCUCAGCUUAUCAUCUUGGUCAUGGGUAUGUGGGAACGGCGGGGCAUUGCUUGGACAAGGCCUUACUUGACAGUCAAUUGGACGAGCUGAGAGUGGUUUUCAAUUGGCUUGGCGAUGUCGUGAGUAAGAAGACAUUUACAGACUCACAGGUCUUUAAUAUCGAAAGAGUUGUACUCUGUGACACACACGGACCUGCCCCCGCCCCAACAGACCCGGUCGAGACUGCUCGUUGGGCGCGAAGAUGGGACUCUGCAGUUCUUAAGUUGAGAGGGACACCAAAUCAGCUAUCUCUCCUAAAGAAAGCAAGGCUAUCAACGAAACCUCCGAGCUUUGGCAGUCCAGUCUACAACAUCGGCAGCCCUUUGGGCACGCAGUUAAAAGUCUCUGGAAGGGGCCACGUGCUGCGGCAUUCGCUUGUGGGCAACGAUGGCGAUCCUUUCUCGCACGUCAUUGCUGGCUAUGGAACAUAUACAACGGACAUGGAUCAAUUCGAAGGCAAGUCUAUAAAAUCUUUCUCUGAGUUCCUACUGAUCUGUCUCCGAAGUGAUGCAUUUGCCGUAGAAUGUUGGGCGGAUGAGUUUGCCAAACACUCUAGGAAUUACAUUAUCGCUGCUGAAGUCAACGCCCUCCUAGAGAAACAAGAACCCAACAACAAUUUCUAUAGGAUUCAUCCAAAAUUCCUGCGUACGCUGACGGGAAAGCCAAGAGACAGCCCACUGAUCAAGGAUGCCACGAACUUAUGUCCUGGCGAUCUUGGGACGAAUAAAGAAUUACGAACUGGUGGGAGAUAUCAAGCUGUAUUUAGUCGUCACCAUUUCGACUCGAAAGAUGUUUACUUGAGGAAUGCUACCGGAAGGGUGGAUCGUAGCGCAAUAUUCUUGACACCGCUCAAUGUCCUACUCAGCGAAUAUGAUGCCUGCGUCCUCACUAUCAAGUUUGCAGGCAAGACCAAGGCUUUCGGAAAGCCAGAUGCCGGUAGUAGCGUCAUCAUUACUAUCGGUGCCGCGCAGUGGGUAAUCCAGAACCCAGACUUUCACAAAUGUAGUAGUGCUACUAUUCCACUCGGAACAGAUGCGUGGUCAAUGACAUUCGACCUUGCAGCCCAACAACACGAUAUCCCAAAUAGCUGCCUUCAUGCACCACGCGGUCUCACUGCCUGGACUGCCAUACGCCUUGAUCAGCCUACUCAAAACCCGCCAUCAGUAGUUGGGCUCUCCCUGAGCAUCAAACGCGCCAGUUUCCCCUUCCCGGCGGAAACAAACUGGCCACCUGAGAGGAAAGAUGUGACCGCUAACCCCGAGGAGACUGAGCUGAGUUGGCCUGAAGAGACGUUCGAGUUCGCAACGACUGCUGGAGAUACCUCGGGAGCUUCUCAGAUGGAUGGAAUCCCCGAGACAAUGGUGGCAGAAAACUAUAGGGGGUCUCUUUGGACAUGGGAAGCGCCGAUCAAUAGAGUGUGGACGAAUCCUCGUCAGCCUUCUCAGGGUCUGAGGGAUCCGUUGAUGGAUAGUACUGAUGAAUUGCUUGCGUGA